AUGGGUCUCUUGGAGGAAGUCUACGGAAAUGAAUUAAUUGACGAGCAAGCUCCUCAGGAGUAUACCGAGUAUAAGGCGGAAAAUGGAUUUGGUUGGGCUGAUGCUCUCCCUGCCAAACAGGGUCUUUACAACCCUGAACUUGAGAAGGAUGCUUGUGGUGUAGGCUUUGCUGCCCACAUCAAGGGUAAGCCGAGCCACAAAAUCGUUAGCGAUGCUCGCAGUUUGCUGUGCAACAUGACUCAUCGUGGUGCUGUCGGUUCAGAUGUGCGCGACGGUGACGGUGCUGGUGUCAUGACAAGUAUCCCCCACAAGUUCUUCGUCAAAAACUUCGCUCGCGACGCCGGAUUGGAACUCCCCCCUCUGGGACAGUAUGCCGCCGGUAACCUUUUCUUCAAGCCCGACAACGAGACGUUGAAGGAUUCAAUCGCCUCUUUCGAAGAGAUUGCCACAUCUCUCGGUCUCCGCGUUCUCGGCUGGCGUGAAGUUCCUCGCGACUCAACCUUGCUUGGACCGGCUGCCUUGUCGCGCGAGCCCAUGAUCAUGCAGCCAUUCGUUGUGCUGCAGUCUGCUUAUGGUGAAGGAAACAAGCCUGAGAUCACAGACCCAGAAAAAUUCGAUGAGCGACUCUUCGAGCGCCAAUUGUACGUUCUACGAAAGCGAGCAACACACGUCCUUGGCCUUGCCAACUGGUUCUACCUCUGCUCUCUCAGCAACCGAAACAUCGUCUAUAAGGGUCAAUUGGCUCCCGUUCAGGUUUACGAAUACUACCACGAUUUGGUCAAUGUCGACUACGAAGGUCACUUUGCCCUCGUGCACUCUCGUUUCUCCACCAACACAUUCCCCUCUUGGGACCGUGCUCAACCGCUUCGAUGGGCGGCUCACAACGGUGAAAUUAACACACUCAGAGGUAACAAGAACUGGAUGAGGGCACGAGAGGGUGUUCUCAAGUCCGAUAUCUUCGGCGAAGACCUGGAUUCUCUCUACCCUAUUGUCGAGGAUGGUGGCUCUGAUUCUGCUGCUUUCGACAACGUGCUCGAACUUCUCAUGAUCAACGGCGUUCUCUCCUUGCCCGAAGCUGUGAUGCUUAUGGUUCCUGAGGCCUGGCAAAACAAUGCUGCCAUGGACCCCGCCAAGGCUGCUUUCUAUGAAUGGGCUGCUUGCCAGAUGGAGCCUUGGGACGGUCCUGCUCUGUUCACUUUCUCUGACGGUCGCUACUGCGGUGCUAACCUUGACCGAAACGGUCUCCGCCCUUGCCGUUUCUACGUGACCGAUGACGACCGUAUUAUCUGUGCUUCCGAAGUUGGUACUAUCAGCUUGGAUCCAGAGACUAUCGUGCAAAAGGGUCGUCUUCAGCCCGGAAAGAUGUUGUUGGUGGAUACUGUUGCUGGUCGCAUUAUCGACGAUGCCGAGUUGAAGCAGACUGUCGCUAACCGACAGGAUUUCCGUGCCUGGUUGGACAAGGAAUUGCUAACCCUCCCUAAUGUCGAGAAGGGCCUCAAGGAACAGAGCCACGACUUCACUGUCAACCUCGAUGAAUCUACUCUUCAGAAUGAUAUUAGAUUGAAGGCUUUCGGAUACACAUUCGAGCAGGUCAGCUUGCUUUUGGCACCUAUGGCUGCUGAUUCCAAGGAAGCAUUGGGUUCUAUGGGUAACGACGGUCCUUUGGCCGUUUUGGCCCAACAGCCACGUCUUCUGUACGAGUACUUCCGUCAACUCUUCGCACAGGUCACCAACCCGCCCAUUGAUCCCAUCCGUGAGGCAAUUGUCAUGUCCUUAGAGUGCUACGUCGGUCCUCAAGGCAACUUGCUCGAGAUUGAUUCCACACAGUGCAAUCGUCUCAUGCUUCCCUCUCCCAUUCUCACUCUGGAUGAAUACGAAUCUAUUAAGAAUCUCAACAAGGUUUACCCUGACUGGAACGUGAGAAUCAUUGAUAUCACAUUCGAGAAGGCCAAGGGUAUUCAGGGAUACUUGGAUGCUCUCGACCGUAUCUGCGAGGCUACUACUGAGGCUAUCACCGCAGGCGACAAGGUUCUCAUCCUUUCUGACCGAGCAACCUCUGCCGAUCGCGUGCCAGUUUCGGCUUUGCUGGCCACUGGUCUCGUUCACCACCACAUGGUCCGCAACAAGUGGAGGUCUAUGGCCGCUCUUGUUGUUGACACUGGUGAGGCUCGUGAAGUCCACCACAUGUGUGUCCUCCUCGGAUACGGUGCUGACGCGAUCUGCCCCUACCUUGCUAUGGAAUGUAUUCUCAAGAUGAACCGCGAGAAGCUUAUCCGCAAGCCUCUGUCUGAUGAGCAGGUUCUUCUUAACUACAAGGCCUCCUGCGACGGUGGUAUCCUUAAGGUCAUGUCCAAGAUGGGUAUCUCUACUCUACAGUCUUACAAGGGCGCUCAGAUUUUCGAAGCUCUUGGUAUUGAUGAUGCUGUCAUUGACCGAUGCUUCGCUGGUACUGCUAGCCGUAUCCGCGGUGUCACAUUCGAGCUUAUUGCUCAAGAUGCCUUUGCUUUCCACGAGCGAGGCUAUCCUUCUCGCCACAUCAUUGAAAUCCCCGGCCUCCCCGAGUCUGGUGAAUACCAUUGGCGUGACGGUGGUGACCCACACGUGAACGACCCUACAAGCAUUGCUAACAUCCAAGAUGCUGUCCGCACAAAGAAUGACAAGUCUUACGAAGCUUAUGCCCGUUCUGAACGCGAGGCUAUCAAGAACUGUACCCUCCGUGGUAUGCUUGACUUCGACUACGAACAGCGUACACCUAUCACCAUUGAUCAAGUCGAGCCAUGGACCGAGAUCGUCCGUCGCUUCGUUACUGGUGCCAUGUCUUACGGAUCUAUUUCUAUGGAAUCUCACUCUACUUUGGCCAUUGCUAUGAACCGUUUGGGUGGUAAAUCCAACACUGGUGAAGGUGGUGAAGACCCAGAGCGAAGCAAAGUCUUGGAGAACGGUGACACUAUGCGUUCUGCCAUUAAGCAGAUUGCUUCUGGACGUUUCGGUGUUACAUCCAACUACCUUGCUGACGCUGAUGAGCUCCAAAUCAAGAUGGCUCAGGGUGCCAAGCCUGGCGAGGGUGGUGAGCUUCCUGGACACAAGGUUUCUGGCCCUAUUGCCCGCACCCGUCACUCCACCCCUGGUGUCGGUCUCAUCUCCCCUCCUCCUCACCACGACAUUUACUCCAUUGAGGAUUUGAAGCAACUUAUCUACGAUCUCAAGUGCUCGAACCCUCGUGCCCGCGUGUCCGUCAAGCUCGUCUCUGAGGUCGGUGUUGGUAUUGUCGCCUCUGGUGUCGCGAAGGCCAAGGCUGACCACAUUCUCAUUUCUGGUCACGACGGUGGUACUGGUGCUUCCCGAUGGACUGGUAUCAAGGCUGCUGGUUUGCCUUGGGAAUUGGGUCUUGCUGAGACUCACCAGACUCUUGUGUUGAACGAUCUCCGUGGUCGUGUUAUUGUUCAAACUGACGGUCAGUUGAAGACUGGUCGCGAUGUGGCUAUUGCCUGCUUGCUCGGUGCUGAAGAAUGGGGUUUCGCUACCACCCCUUUGAUUGCCAUGGGAUGUAUCUUUAUGAGGAAAUGUCAUCUUAACACUUGCCCUGUGGGUAUUGCCACCCAAGAUCCUGAAUUGCGCAAGAAGUUCAAGGGUACUCCCGAGCACGUUAUCAACUUCUUCUACUACGUUGCCAACGAACUCCGUGCUAUCAUGGCCAAACUUGGUAUCCGCACUAUCAACGAGAUGGUUGGUCGUGCUGAAUUGCUCAAGGUCCGCGACGAUAUCCGCUCUGCUAAGCAGGAGAACAUUGACUUGUCUCUCAUUUUGACACCUGCUCAUUCUUUGCGCCCUGGUGUUGCUACCUACAACGUCCGCAAGCAGGAUCACCGCUUGCACGUCCGUCUUGACAACAAGUUGAUUGCCGAGUCCGAGCUUGCUCUCGAGAAGGGUCUCCCCUGCCGUGUUGAGUGCGAUGUUGUCAACACUGACCGUGCCUUGGGUGCUACUCUUUCCUACCAGAUCAGCCGUCGCUACGGAGAAGCUGGUCUGCCUCAAGACACCAUUCAUGUGAACAUCAAGGGUUCCGCUGGUCAGUCUUUCGGUGCCUACCUUGCUCCUGGUGCUACACUAGAGCUUGAGGGCGAUGCCAACGAUUACGUUGGUAAGGGUCUGUCAGGUGGACGCCUGAUCGUCUAUCCUCCUCGCAAUGCCGUCUACAAGGCUGAAGAGAACAUUAUCAUUGGUAAUGUCUGUCUUUAUGGUGGUACCAGCGGUACCUGCUACUUCCGUGGUGUUGCUGCCGAACGUUUCGCUGUCCGAAACUCCGGUGUCACUGCUGUCGUUGAGGGUGUUGGUGACCACGGUUGUGAGUACAUGACUGGUGGUAGAAUUCUUGUUCUUGGCCCAACUGGACGUAACUUUGCUGCUGGUAUGUCUGGCGGUAUUGCUUACGUCCUUGACGUCAACCAGGACUUCCACUCCAAGAUCAAUAUGGAAAUGGUUGAGGUGUCUGGAUUGGAAGAUCCCGCUGAAAUCGCUUUCGUCCGCGGUCUCAUUGAGGAUCACCACCACUACACUGGCUCUGAGCUCGCUGCCCGUAUCCUCCUUGACUUCAACCGUGCUCUUCCCCGCUUCGUCAAGGUUCUUCCUACUGACUACAAGCGUGUCAUGCUUGAGGAAGCUGCUAAGGCUGAGGCUGCCAAGAAGGCUGAAUUCACCUUACCCAAGCUCCCCAGUACUCCUGCCCCUGAAGAAGAGAAGAAGGAGCACAAGCACGAGGAGAAGAAGGCCGACCUUCUUGAUAUCGAAGACAGCGUCAGCGAUUCCAAGGCGGAGAAGAAGCGUACUGCUCUUAUCCUUGACAAGACCCGCGGUUUCAUGAAGUACCACCGCCGCAGUGAGAAGUACCGCAACCCUACCACCCGUACUCGUGACUGGGCCGAACUCUCGACCCGUCUCACCGAGGAUGAGCUUAAGUACCAGUCAGCACGUUGUAUGGACUGCGGUGUUCCAUUCUGUCAGUCCGACUCUGGUUGCCCUAUCUCCAACAUUAUUCCCAAAUGGAAUGAGCUUGUCUUCCAGAACCAAUGGCAGGAUGCUCUCAACCGUCUGUUGAUGACCAACAACUUCCCUGAGUUCACCGGUCGUGUCUGCCCUGCUCCUUGUGAAGGUGCUUGUGUUCUCGGCAUUAACGAAGACCCUGUUGGUAUUAAGUCGAUCGAGUGUGCCAUCAUUGACCGUGGUUUCGAGAUGGGCUGGAUGGUUCCUCGUCCUCCUCCUAGCCGCACUGGCAAGACUGUCGCUAUCAUCGGAUCUGGUCCUGCUGGUCUUGCCGCAGCUGAUCAGCUCAACCGUGCUGGUCACUCCGUCACCGUCUAUGAGCGCGCUGACCGCGUUGGUGGUCUCCUCAUGUACGGUAUUCCCAACAUGAAGCUCGACAAGAAGGUUGUUCAGCGCCGUGUGGACCUCAUGGCCGCUGAGGGAGUCAAGUUCGUCACCAGUACUGCCGUUGGUCCUGAUGAGGCAGUUACUCUCUCAUCUUUGCGUGAGAGCAAUGAUGCGGUCAUCAUUGCUACUGGUGCUACCGUGGCUCGUGACCUCAAGAUCCCCGGCCGUGAGUUGGAGGGUAUUCACUUUGCCAUGCAAUUCUUGCACAAGAACACCAAGUCUCUCCUCGACUCUGAGCACGCCGAUGGUGCAUACAUCUCCGCCAAGGACAAGCACGUUGUUGUCAUUGGUGGUGGUGAUACCGGUAAUGACUGCAUUGGUACAUCCGUCCGCCACGGAGCUAAGAGCGUUGUCAACUUCGAGUUGCUGCCUCAGCCUCCCCCAGAGCGUGCCCGCGACAACCCAUGGCCUCAGUGGCCUCGUAUCUACCGUGUGGAUUACGGUCACACUGAGGUCAAGACUCACAUGGGCAAGGAUCCUCGUGAGUACUCCAUCAUGUCUAAGGAAUUUGUUGAUGAUGGCAAUGGCCAUGUCAAGGGUAUCAACACUGUCCGUGUUGAGUGGACCAAGAGUGCCUCUGGUGGUUGGGACAUGAAGACCGUUGAAGGCAGUGAGCAAUUCUUCCCUGCCGACUUGGUCAUGUUGUCUAUGGGUUUCUUGGGUCCUGAGGACCGUCUUCUUGGAGAGGAGAUUGAGCGUGACGCUCGCAAGAACGUCAAGACUGCUCCUGGUCAAUAUGCCACCAACCUUCCUGGUGUUUUCGCCGCUGGUGAUUGCCGACGUGGACAAUCUCUUAUUGUUUGGGGUAUCAACGAAGGUCGUCAAACCGCUCGUGAAGUCGAUACCUACCUCAUGGGAACUGGAUCCCUUCUUCCAGUGACUGGUGGUAUUGUCCGCCGCCCAGCAGCCGAUGCCGUUCCUCACGUCGCCGCAGCUGUCUCUGCUUAG